GGGCUCUGCACUGUAUGUUCUUUCUCAUCUCAUUAGCCUCGAGUCAGUAACUUCGUUUACGAUCCACUCGCUCCACCGUCAUAUUCCCCUUGUCAGGCAUCCAUAUCCUCAGGCGACCUCUUAUUCACCAUGGAAUCACGCAACAUGGAGCAUCGACGAGCCAAUUUUAAGGGGAAAACUCAAUUUUCAGCCCAAGAGCUACGGAGACGUCGUGAAGAGCAACAGGUCGAGAUUCGGAAGCAAAAACGUGAAGAAUCGAUCGCGAAACGUCGAAACUUCCAGCCGACCGUCGAAGAUACGGGUGACUCGGACGAUGAUGUCGAUCUGGAGCCAGCUCCAUUUGCACAGUCACUCCAGUUGAUGCUCCAGGCCGUUUACAGUAAUGACCAGGAUGCUCAGCUCGAAGCGACCACCAAAUUCCGGAGGCUGUUAUCAAAGGAGAAGAACCCUCCGAUCGACAAGGUCAUUGAAUGUGGAGUCGUGCCGAGAUUUGUCGAAUUCUUGUCCAGUUCAAACACGAUGCUUCAGUUCGAGGCUGCAUGGGCAUUGACAAACAUCGCGUCUGGUACAUCCGAUCACACUCAAGUGGUCAUCCAGGCCGGUGCUGUCCCUCACUUCAUCCGUCUCCUUUCGUCCAACGUUCUCGAUGUUCGAGAGCAAGCUGUGUGGGCCUUAGGAAACGUUGCCGGAGAUUCUCCUAAAUGUCGGGACCACGUUCUCGCCCAGGGAGCUCUCCAGCCUCUGCUCAUGCUCCUCAACGAGAACCACAAGCUUUCCAUGCUCAGAAACGCCACAUGGACAUUGAGCAACUUUUGCCGUGGCAAGCAGCCUCAGCCAAAGUGGUCACAGAUCGCCCCGGCCCUUUCCAUUCUUACCAAGCUCAUCUACUCUAUGGACGAUGAGGUCCUGAUAGACGCUUGUUGGGCCAUCUCCUACUUGUCAGAUGGCUCAAAUGACAAGAUCCAGGCUGUCAUCGAGAGCGGAGUCUGCAGAAGAUUGGUCGAUCUCUUGAUGCACCCUUCUACUGCCGUUCAGACUCCUGCUCUCCGAUCCGUGGGAAACAUCGUCACUGGUGACGAUGUCCAGACGCAAGUCAUUAUUGCUUCCGGCGCUCUCCCUGCCUUGUUGAGCCUGCUCUCGUCUCCUAAGGACGGGAUCAGGAAAGAAGCAUGUUGGACGAUCUCCAACAUCACUGCCGGAUCUCCCAUGCAAAUCAAGGCUAUCAUUGACGCCAAUAUCAUUCCCCCUCUCAUCAAUAUUCUCCAAAAUGCGGACUUUAGAACAAAGAAGGAAGCUUGUUGGGCCAUCUCGAACGCGACUUCUGGAGGACUUCAAGAGCCUCAGCAGAUUCGAUACCUCGUCACGCAAGGCUGCAUCAAGCCCAUGUGUGACUUGUUGCAAUCUAUGGAUAACAAGAUCAUUCAGGUCGCUUUGGAUGGACUAGAAAACAUCCUCAAAGUCGGAGAGAUUGACAAAGAGGCUCAAGGCCCGGGAGCUGUGAACAAGUACGCGCAGUACAUUGAAGAAGCGGGUGGGAUGGUGUCGAUUCACAAUCUCCAGCACCACCAAAACCUGGAGAUUUACAAAAAGUGUUUCUAUAUCAUGGACAAAUUCUUCCCAGACGACGAAGAAGAGGAAGCCGAAGCGUCUGCUCCCGCUGUCGAUGCGUCAGGCCAAUACGCUUUCCAAUCUGAUGUGUCUGCUCCUCAAGGUGGAUUCAACUUUGGAAACUAGAUUGUCACCUUUUCCUACCCUGUCGCCUCGCCUCGUUUUCCGAAUCA